AUGCAUUUCAGCAAAAUUACAUUCAUUCUCGGUCUUCCCUUCACUUUCGCUGCAUACGACGCUGCCGAUGCUAGCUCCUCUUCCACCGCCGUCACUCCCUCCACCACCACCAGCACAUCUCCCUCAGACCCAACCCAUACCAUCCUCGUCGGUGCUGGUGGUCAACUCACUUUUUCCCCCAAUGAAACUAAAGCCGAUGUAAACACAACUCUCGAAUUCCACUUCUACCCCAAAACUCACUCGGUCGCUCAAGCUGCCUUCGCAUCACCAUGUAAUGGCACUGGCUUCUUCUCUGGACCAAUCGCAACGACUAGCGAAGAAGGCAACCUGACGGUUUUCAGUGUUCUUGUUAACGAUACGAAACCAAUCUGGUUCUAUUGCGGAUUUCCAGGACACUGUGAGAGCGGAAUGGUGGGUGCUGUUAAUGUACCAUCCGAUAACACCAAAACCCUAGAAAUGUUCUCAGACGCAGCAAAGAAACUCGCGAAAAAUGCUACCAAGAAUCCGCAGGGAACCGUAGGCGGUGCUCUUGCCCCCUUGAAAGAGGACUCGGGCUCGGGAUCGGGAUCUAGCACUACGUCGACGUCGGGUAGUAGUGCGACGGCUGCGACGACGGGGGCGACGGCUAGUUCUUCAAGUGGAGCGGGGAUUAGGGGCGUGGGGUGGAUGACGUUUGUGGGUGCGGUGGGUGUUGCGGGGCUUUUGGGUAUGUAA